AUGAGGUUUCUAGGCCGUCUAUAUAAGGACUUCGUCGGCGGUGUUGGCCCAAAAGUCUUACCAAAUCACGUCGCCGAAGCUCUGACCAAACGAUAUAGUAUAAAGGUUGACUAUUGGAAAGCACAUCGGGCCCUAAAGUAUGCUCGAGAACUAGUAUCAGGGACGUCUGAAAGUGGUUAUGAAGAUCUGCCUUCAUACUUAUAUAUGAUUCGGCGAGCAAAUCCGGGUACACUAAUCAAGCUAGAAGUUGAUGAGGAAGAUAGAUUCAAAUUUAUGUUCCUCUCAUUUGGCGCAAGCAUACAGGGGUUUCCUUUCAUGAGGAAAGUGGUAGUGGUCGACGGUACGUUUUUACAUGGAAAAUACAAAGGUACCCUACUACUCGCCACCACGCAAGAUGGAAACUUCAACAUUUUUCCCGUAGCCUUUGCUGUUGUUGAUACUGAGAACGAUGAGUCUUGGGAAUGGUUUUUUACACAACUACACCGUGUUAUUCCUGAUGAUGAAGGACUUGCCAUUAUUUCUGAUAGGCAUAAAUCCAUAGGAAAUGCUAUAGGGAAGGUUUAUCCUCUUGCUAGUCGGGGUAUUUGUACAUAUCAUCUCCAUAAGAACAUUAUGGUGAAAUUCAGAGGCGCUGAAACAUUCAAGCUUGUUAAGAAGGCUGCCACUGCUUAUAGACUUCUCGAGUUCAAUGCCCUUUUUGCUCAGAUUCAAGAGGCAAAUCCUGCACUGCAUGCAUACUUGGUGAAGGCAGAUAUUUGUAUGUGGAGUCGUGUACACUUCCAAGGUGAUAGGUACAAUUUCACCACUAGCAACAUAGCGGAGUCAUUAAACAAGGUGCUAUCUGCUGCAAGAGGUAAGCCUAUCGUAGGACUAGUGGAUGAUAUAAGGAGUCUCCUGACCAGGUGGUUUGCUAAAAGACGUGUGAAUGCCAAUAACAUGGCUACCACUCUAACAACGGGCGUUGAAAAGUUGCUGGAGGCUAGAGUUGAAGAUGCUAAACUCUUACCUGUGCAAGAGAUUGAUCAGCAUCGUGCAGAGGUUUUAGGCACAACAUCUGCACAUGUUGUCAAUUUAACGGAGAAAACAUGUACUUGUCGACGGUUUGAUUUGGAUAAAAUUCCUUGCGUACAUGCCAUAGCCGCCGCCGAUAGGAGGAAGUUGUCGCCGAUCUCUCUUUGCCAUCAUUACUACCACACUAGUUACUUGCAACAAGCGUAUGCUGUUAGUGUGAUGCCAAGAGACGUAGCACUCCCUGUGCCAGAUGAAGUAGCAACCAAAAUUUGUCUCCCGCCUGAUGUUCGCAACCGACCCGGCAGGCCAAAGAAAAUUCGGAUUAAGGGUGCGUUCGAGGCCGCCAUGGCGAGUAAACGUCCUCGGAAGCCCAAAUGUGGUAACUGUGGCCAAGGCGGACAUAAUCGCCUAACUUGUCGAGCUUAG